UGGAGCUGCCAUGGAUUCAAGGCUGUGUCAAUGACCUCCCAAAAGACUACGGAUGAAAACAGAGUUGUAAAGUAGAUGAGAAGACUUGGGGUUGAGAUGAGUUGUACCAGAAGGAUUCCCCUACCUAUAGUGCAAGAUGGACUCAUUUUAAAUUAAAUUUGUUGGAAAUGAGACUUCUAGAAGUACCAUGCUCCUUCAAUGAGGAGCUCCAUCCACUUCAGUUUGCAGGAUCAGCAAAACAACAUGGACAAAGCAGCUGAACUCACAUGGCAGCUGGAGGAUGCACCUUACAAAGCAGGACAGCAAGAGCAAAGCCCUGAUGAUGGAGGCACGGCAGAGGAGCUGGAGAAGCCUGCACACAGCAAGGACAAGCUGCCCCAGAGCCAUACCCUCCAGUGGGAGGCUCUAGGCAAACAAUUUGUAGAGUAUGAGCAGGUGGCUCCAUUUCUUGUCCCAGAGGAUCAACAGAGAAGGCUACUGGACUUUCUUCCCCUCUUCUUAAAGGCCUGGGAACAGUCUGCUGGAGUUGUCGUAUUCCCCAACAUUCAGCUGUUAGCCAGUGAGGUUUCCAAGCUUCUGACUAAAGAAAUUAAGAGGACCCUCAAUGGCAAACCUGCAGAAGAAGCUCGUCUGGCUUUGGAGCAAUUCCUGCUACAGAAAGUGGAAGCAGAAGAUGGCCAUUUGCUCCUGAAAUCAGUGUAUCUGCUCUCACAGACUGACUUGAGAACUUUGUGGAACAUCAUUGGAUCUGGACUUCCAGCUGCUCUGAUGCAGUGCCUGUACCUUUUCUUCACUUUUCCUCUGAAGAAAACCAGUGAUGAUGGAGAGACAAGUGAGGAUGACACUCAAACUCAGGAAAUGCUUGUUGAGAUAAUGCUUAACAUGUACAAAGAGGAACAAGGUGUAGAGGAACUUCUGGCAGCUGAUAAGCUUCAAUCAUUAAUUAUAGCAACUGCUUCUCUCUGGGACCAGUGCAGUCAGUCGUGGAAAGUACCUACAGGCCGUGUUCUGAGAACAAUUUCAAAGACUCAGACCAAAAACAGCAUCAUGUACCUACAAGCUGUGGACUGCAUUAAAAUAGCUGUUCAGAAUCUCUUUAAACUGGUUGAUACUCUACCUGCUUCUGAUGUGUGUGAAGCUGCUAGUAUUGUCUUGUGCUUUGUGAAAGAUUCUUAUCCCGUAUCAUCAGCUUUAUUAACAGAAUUUGAAAGUAAUGAUGGCUACCAACUCCUGCUAAAAAUUUUACUCAGAUGUGAGGGGUUGCAGCAAAAUGAAGGAGACCCUUAUUUGGACGAGAUCGUGGACAUGCUGACUUGCCUUACAACUUGUGGAAAAACUGAACUGAAAGUUUCUGGCAAUAUUGUACACCCACAACUACCACACUUUGAUUUUGAAUGGACACGGUCUUCUGGAAUGACAGUGAAAAACCUCCAGGCUUUUCAGGUGUUGCAGUCCAUUUUCCAGAAAAGUAAUGAUCAGCACCUGUGUGGAAGAAUCUUGGCAGCAAUUGGUACCAUAUGGGCUUGGGACAGAGUGAACUUCUUUCUUCUGGAAUGGACACUGCAACCUAUCAACCAAUUUACUGACAUAAUCCAUUUCAAACCAUACCCAGUCCAAGUCCAGUUCUUCAGACUGGUGGAGUCCAUAGUCCUAGACCUGUCCUAUGUCCCGCAUGAAAUUUUGAAGAAGGUUCAGUAUUUGAUAAAGGAAAACAUAGUACCAUUCUGCACCUUAACAGCACUCCAGUGUCUUCUCAGCAUGACCCAGAAGGACCUGUUAUUCAGCGAUAUAUUCCGUGACUCUGGGCUCUUAGGCCUGCUGCUGGCACUUUUGAGGAAGCAAGCCAAGAUCCUGAGGAAGUCAGCUGGAACUGAUCUGCCUGGUCUGGAAGAAGGCACUGAGAAGGAAUUAAAUGCUGUGAUGCUGAAGAUGGUGGCUGCCCUUACAGCGAGGUCCGUGAGGAACACAGUUGUUCUGAAGGACUAUGGAAUGGUGCCAUAUAUCAAGAUAUUUUUGGAUGAUGAGUGCUACAGGAGUGCUACUCUCAGUAUCUUGGAGCAGCUGUCAGUUAUCAAUUAUGAAGAAUAUAUGAGCAUUAUUAUUGGGGCCCUCUGUUCUUCUACUCAAGGGGAACUGUCGCUGAAACUAGAUCUGCUGAAGUCACUCUUGAGGAUACUGGAGAGUCUCAAGAGCCAUUCAGCUUUCAGAACCUGCAGUGGAUUCAAUGCGCUCCUGUCCCUCCUCUCAGACAUGGAAGGUGCACUGCAGGACCCUCCAUCUGGGCUGUGGACAGCAUUUGGACAGAAUUGCAUAUUGGAGCUUGUUUUCUACACACUUCAGGUGGUAACAGCUGCCCUGCACCUAGACCCUGUCAACAGCAAUUUCUUCCAGAGGAGUGGUCUCUUUGAAAAGAUGGCAGAGGAUCUCGGAUCACUUGGAUGCUUCUGGACACAAGGGGAAUGGCAAGGGGAAUGGCAAAUUCCUCUGAACCUUGAGAAGAAAAGGACGUUUGCAGAAUUUUUGGAUGCAGCUUUCUGUUCUUCAGAACCUUUCCCAAUGUGGCUAAAGAACUGCAUAUGGAUACUGAAUUUUCUUGAUCUCAUGAUAAAAGGAACCCUCCAUCAGGAGAGCUACUUCAAGGAGAGAAAGCCAGAGAUGGGAGAAACAUCAAGAGGUGAUCAGGAGGGACCCCAAACUCAAGAAGAGCAUCCUGUUGCUUUCAAAAUACCAGGCAACAAAUUACCUGCCUCUGCCCAUAGGCUAUGGGGAAACCCUGAGGAGAACUUGGAAAUGAGAGACUGCACCAUUGUACAUCCAGGUGCUGUCUGUGUCAUGGUGAGGUUGCUGCCAAAGCUGUACAAAGAAGGACAUGCUCAGCUUUCACAGGAAAUCCAAUAUGCUGUGAUUGAUCAUAUCCAGUCCCUGGUGAAGUCAGAAAAGAGUCGUCAGGUGAUGUGUGAAUCUGGGUUGCUGAGCACCAUCAUAACUUCCUGUCAGGAUGCCUUCCACAAUGAGAAUCAUCCGCUGCAUCUGCCCCUCACUAGAGUGUUUGAGAAGCUUGCAUCACAGGCUAUUGAACCAGAUGUGUUAAGGCAAUUUCUUCGGCUGGGAGGUUCUCCAAUACUGCCUUCCAGGCACAGCACAAACAAGACCAACGUCCUUUCAUGUCAGGGGAGUGAUUCAGCUAAUGCAGGCUCAGAAGAGGACACGAUGGACAAUAAAACUGAUCCUCAGACAGUUGUGCCUGUCAGCAACUCUCCUUGGGUGUCUAAGGGAUCUGCACUUGCACUCCAGACUGCAAUGAGUCUCAUCUCCAUGACAUCACCUCGAAACUUCCAGCUACACAGCACUGCUUUGGCUCCAUCAUUUGUGGAGUUUGACAUGUCCAUGGAAGGCUAUGGGUGUUUAUACCUCCCUACCUUGGCCACUGUUAUGGGACCCAGUGCAGACCAAUCUGUCUCGGGAGGAAUUGGCAUGGGCACCAGAAUGUUCCCUCCCUCAAGUGGCCUGACACUCUCCUGCUGGUUUCUGAUUAGCAAGUUUGGGUUGGUGCACAACAAUCACCCAGUCCGUUUCCUUACGGUCGUGAGGCACGUGUCAAGAACAGAGCAAGAAUUUGUUUGCCUUUCUGUAAGCUUCUUCCCACAGGACCUUUCUUUGGUCAUUUCCACAGAAGAAGUGGAAUUCCAGCCACUUGGUGAGGACCAGUACAGUGAUACUGCACCUCUGGUGGCAGAAGAGAAGAUUUCUUUUGGAAUCAAUGCUGUGUGCUCAACCCUUACUACAGUUCAAGAUAUAAAGAGCUCCUACAAUGAAGUGGAUGGCCGGCUGAUUGCCAAAGAGAUUGGGAUUAAUUCUCGGGACAGUUCAACUCCAAUAUUCCUAGCAAAGAAUAUUGCUGGACACCUCUCGGGUUCCUUGCGGACUAUUGGGUCAGUUGCUGUGGGCCAAUAUGGGGUAAGAAUGUUCCAGUCCUCUCCAGCAGCUACCAGCCUGAACUUUAUUGGAGGCCCUGCCAUUCUUCUGGGUCUCAUUGCUAUGGCCUGUGAUGACCACACCAUGUAUGCAGCUGUCAAAGUUCUGAACUCCAUCCUGAACAGUAGCCCACUAAGUGAAAAACUGAUGAGGCACAUACAUGGAUACCAGUUGCUGACCUAUCUGUUGAAAAGGAAGACAAAGCUGUUAAACAAUAGGAUUUUACAGUUAAUGUUCUCCCUAGUGGGCACAGCUGAGCUUGGCUUCGAGUCUUCGGUCAUCAAGAAUUACAGUGCAUUCCAGUAUGUUCUCUGCAACUUUGAGCUCUGGAUGAAAGCACCAGAAAAUCUUGACCUUGUUCUUCUUUCCCAUCUUGUGGAGAUCUUGCAGUCUUCCAGAGAUGGACGUCAGAAUGUUGCAGUUGCCUACCAGGUGCAAAUGGUGCCCAAGCUUGUUUUCCUUUUCAAUGAUCCUGAAAUAAGUAAUUCCAAAAUCACUGUGGCCUGCACUAUUCUCUCCCAUCUGUUGCAAGGAUACUUUAAUACACGAGAUGUUCUCAGGAUUGGAUUGUUCCUUGUUUACACCUUGAAACCUUCUUCUGUGGAUGAAAAUCAGCUUUUCCUGGAUAGUGUGGCUGAGAUGCCCAGUGAAGCCUUAAGCCAAACAUCUGGAAAGACAAUCUGGCUUCGAAACCAGUUACUGAAGAUGCUGUUAGAUGUAAUGCACUCAGACAAACUUCAUCUGUCCUCCGAGGAAAAAGAAAAGACAUUUUUGGCACUGGGGCCAGACUGGUUUCUGCUAUUCACACAGAGCUACCUGCACUCUAGCACAGUUGUGCUAGGAAUCAAGCUACUUCUGUGCUUCCUCCACAAUCGUUUGCUGCUGAACAAAUUCAAGGAGGGGAUAGUGGCUGGGCACUGGCUGGAAAACAGCUCUGCAGGAUUGAGUAUUCUAAUGGAUAAUUUAAAAACUCAUCCUCCAGUGCCUGACAAUGGCAACUUCUUGAUUUUUGGGUUUUCUGUGUUGCAAAGAUGUCUGACUGAUCAUGUCCACAUCCCUGAGAUCUACCUGCUUGUGGCGGAGCUCUUUCUGGCAACUCCACAAUCUGAACCACCUGAAGCAGUCAAGAAAGAUCUUGAGUCUAUGUUGCAGUGGAUCUUGCAGCACCACCUUACAGAGAAUGUCCUCAAAAUUGGGUUGUGUGCAGAGGCAGCUGUUUUACUGCUGGAAAUGGUUAGAGUCACUGUGGACAAGCCUAUUGCAGAUGCAGAAGCCUCCUGGGAGAUUGCCUAUCCAGGGAAUGUUAUCCAGUUUCUGUGCUUGAUCUAUCACAGUUAUACUCAGGACCCUGUGUGGCACUGUCCUGACUUCCUGAAAACUUUGGCUAUGGUUGCUUUUCACUCAGGACCACCCAAGGGAGGGUCUGAAGGCCUUUUGACUCCUGAUGAUCCAGCCAUUGCUGAAGGGAAAGGCUGUGUUGAUCCCUCCUCUCUCCCACUCCUACCACACCCUGCCAAGAAACAAGUGUGGGAUUUUGUGCGAGUCCUCCUGAUGGAUAGUCUUCUCAACGUCCCAGCAAACAAACAAGGGCAUCCACUGGAGCUGCUUCUUGAGGCUUCUCCAGAAGAUGCCACCAGUGAGCAGAAGAGACAUUUUCAGACAAAAGUUUUGCUGUCUGGUAUGGAUGUCUUCCAUGUUACCAGCCAAGGCGAGGGGAAAACAAGACCAAGAGGGAGCAGUGAUCCUCAUGGUACUUCAGAAUCAUCUGCACCUGUAUCCAUGAUGAAUAUUGCUUAUUUUGUUCAGAAGUUGGUUGAGAAGCUGAACAGCAGAAUGUUUACUGCUGACCCCAAGCAAAUCCUGAUCUUCACUGCCAAACAGAUUAUGUGGGUCUUAGAAAGCUCGGUUUCUCAAAAGGAAGUUUUCCUCAGUGCCCUGUACAGCUGUUUAAACAGAGCCAUCCUAUACUGCCUAUCCAGACCUCAACAAUCACUGCCUGAACAGUUUAAUGUCCUGAACACUCUCAAUGUCCUGCAGGAGCACUGGGACAUUAUUUUUGCAACUUACAACUCAAAUAAUAAUUUUAUCAUUUGCCUAAUGUACUGCCUUUGCCAACUGAACUCGGGCAGCUGUUCAGAAGGUUUUGGGGUGGAUGCAAAACCAAAGCUGGCUUCUUAUCACCAAAUUUUUCUUGCACCCAGUGAAGAGGAAAAGGGCAGCCUGCCUACUCCAGAUGAUGUCCAUCAGGAGAUUCUGAGAACAGUAGGAAUCAUCUGGAAGCAGCUCAUUUCUCAGAGGCGGCAGGCUCUGGAGGACACUUACAAGAUGGAUCUUUCUGUAAAAGGAAAUGACAAAGAAAGGGACAUGAAGAUAACAGAGAUCACUCCUUUAUGGGAAGAAAUUAUGACAAAAGCUUGGCAGCACUUGAUAGCAUCUGAAAAGAAGCUUCUCCAAAAUAAAUCAGGGCCAGGCCUGUCACAGAGCAAGCACAAUUCCUGGAGUGAAAGCCUGUCUUCAGCUAUUAGGUCCAUGCCUGGCCGAAACACAAAGGAAAUAAUAUGCAAAUCAGAGGGAUUUGUGUCAUGUAUGGAACGGUACCGGAGAAUUGGACAGGAGCUGUAUGCCUCUUUGUACAAGAACCACAUACAGAUGCAGCAGUGUGGUUACAGCAAAGCAGCCAAGGACUGGAUGAUACUUGAGGAGCAACUUUUCUACAGAAGUGGCCCGUGGAGAGAUGCAUCACGAUCCUCGGAGCCACGAUGGAUUCUGGAUCGUUAUGAGGGGCCUUCACGAAUGAGGAGGAGAAUUCAAGAUGUGAACACUCGAGCAGCAAUGAUGAGAAUGAAGAGUGAGGUUCUCCUAGCAAACAGAAAUGAAACAACCUCCCCUGCUGAAGUGAAUCCAGGAGACCUGACAUUAAAUGGAGAAGAAAGAGAGAUGGAUAAGAAGGGAUUGGACUGUAACCAGCUAACAUUCUUCCCUGCUCUACAUGAAAGUUUCCAUUCAGAAGACUUCUUGGAACUGUGUGUGGAGAGACAAAUUAUAUUGCAGGAGUUUGCAGAGAGUGAAAAGGUCACAUUUAAGUGCUCUGUGGCAGUUGUGCAGGGCCAUACAGCAUUGGAAGGAGUGUUGCUCUUUGGCAAAGAGCACUUCUACAUCUGCGAGUGCUUUGUGUUGUCCCCUCUAGAAGAAGUCUACUGUACUCGUCACUGCUUGUCCAGCAUCAGUGAUCCGUUUAUUUUCAACUUAUGUCAUAAAGAUCAUGCUGUGGGAGACCAGAUGUGUUCCCGUUAUUCGUAUCAUGAUAUAAAAGAGAUUCAUCUGAUGCGGUUUCUUCUGCAGGAGAUUGCCUUGGAAAUAUUCUUCAAAAAUGGUUACUCCAGAUUUCUUGUCUUCCACGACAGCGACCGAAAUAAGAUAUUUAAAAGAUUUUGCUCUUUCCAGCCUGCUUUGAAGUCAAAGGGGAUAACAGAAGAGUCCCUGAAUAUAAGGAAACACUCAGGAGGAGAAAAGACAAUGCUCCAGAAGUGGCAGAAAAGGGAGAUUAGCAACUUUGAUUACCUCAUGUACCUGAACACAUUGGCCGGCCGCAGCUACAAUGAUUACAUGCAGUAUCCUGUGUUUCCAUGGGUCCUCGCUGACUAUCACUCUGAGACUCUAAACCUUACGAAUCCUCAUACAUUUCGAGACCUAUCAAAGCCCAUGGGAGCUCAGACUGUGGAGAGGAAACGCAAGUUCAUCCAGCGCUUCAAUGAAGUGGAAAAGAGUGAGGGAGACCUAUCAGUCCAGUGCCAUUACUGUACUCACUAUUCAUCAGCAAUUAUAGUGGCAUCUUACCUGGUCCGAAUGGAGCCAUUUACCCAGACCUUCUGUUCUCUGCAGGGUGGAAGUUUUGAUGUUGCAGACAGGAUGUUUCACAGUGUCAAGAGCACGUGGGAAUCAGCAUCAAGGGACAACAUGAGUGAUGUCAGGGAACUCAUCCCUGAAUUCUUUUACUUGCCAGAGUUCCUAACCAAUGCAAAUCACUUUGAACUUGGCUGCAUGCAGGAUGGAACAGUGCUUGGAGAUGUGCAGCUUCCUCCUUGGGCAGGUGGGGACCCCCAUAAAUUUAUUCUACUGCACAGACAGGCACUGGAAAGUGACUAUGUCAGUGCACACCUUCAUCACUGGAUAGAUCUUAUUUUUGGCCACAAGCAGCAUGGCUCAGCUGCUGUGGAGGCAGUUAACACCUAUCAUCCUUACUUCUAUGGAGACAAGAUGAACCUCAACAACAUUAAAGAUCCUCUGAUUAAAAGCACUAUCCUGGGAUUUAUCAGCAACUUUGGACAGAUACCAAAGCAGCUCUUCACAAAACCGCAUCCAUCCAGGAAUGCCCAAGGGAAAAGCUCAUCAGGAAGAGAGACUAUGCUGUUCCAUCACUCAGGUGGAAUUCUUCCUCCUUUUAUGAGCAGCCUGCAAAAUCUGAAGCUCUCUCCAGUUACUCUAAAAGACUAUCCCAAGGGAGCUAUUGGGCAUAUUGUUCAUACAGAGAAAGGCAUUCUGGCUGUUGAAAAAAAUAAAAUUUUGAUUCCUCCUCUUUGGAGCAAAACAUUUUGCUGGGGAUUUGAGGACUUCACCUGCUGCUUUGGCAACUAUGGAUCUGAGAAGAAUGUGACUACAUUUGAGUGCAUGGCAGACUGGGGAAAGUGCCUCUGUGCUGUGUGUCCUUCAGCGACUACCAUAAUCACAUCUGGAACAAGCUCGGUUGUGUGUGUCUGGGAACUUUCCUUGGUCAAAGACAAAGUGAAGUGUUUAAACCUGAGACAGGCUUUGUAUGGACACACUCAGGCAGUGACCUGCCUUGCUGCAUCUGUAACCUACAGCAUCUUUGUGAGUGGAUCUGAUGACAGAACCUGCAUCAUUUGGGACCUGAACCAGCUGACGUACAUAAACCAACUUCCUGCCCACGAGGCAAGCCUCUGUUCUGUUGCCAUCAACAACUCAACAGGUGAUAUUAUCUCUUGUGCUGGAUCUUACCUGUAUCUCUGGACAGUCAAUGGCCAUCUUCUUGCAAGCAUCAACACAGCCUGCAGCCCUACCUGCCGUACUGUUUGCUGCUGCUUUGCUGAAGUGAUGGACUGGGACAUAAGCAGCAUCAUCAUCACAGGAAGCACAGAUGGAGUGGUGAGGCUGUGGAAGGCUGAAUACACCAAUAACCCAGACCAAGCUGCUGGAGUCAGACCACAGAAAGGUGUGAUGGAAGAGCCAGGCAGCACAGGUAACAAGUGUGGAAAACAUCUUGUUCUCUGUCGGGAACUGAAUCCCAGCCUUGCCCUGACCGGCAAAGCGGGUCGGACGAGCGCGGCGGUGACGGCGCUCGCCGUGUCCAGAAAUUCCUCCAAGCUCCUAGUUGGUGAUGACUGGGGAAGAGUCUGCUGCUGGUCUGUGGAUGGGUAGGAAGAAAUAGCCAAGAUCUCCUGUUUUUUCAACCUUUGGAUGGAGAGAAAAAUUACCCUUCGGAGCAUGAAAGAAUCAGAGAAACUGGAAGCCUGUGGUUGGGGACUGAAUCUCAAAGGAGUUAUGGGACUGACCUUGCAGUCAAGUUUGAUUUAAAUUAGACAAUGGACUCCAAAGUUGUGAGAGACACUGACAGACGUGCACAUAGACAAUUAGAUUUUAUAGUAUUUUUCUGGGGAAAACUUUUGUAUUUUAAAUGUUAUUUUCGUUAUUAAAUUUUACAUAAUACGUUGGAUUUCACAAAUAUUAGCUAGCAAAUAAAACUGCCUUGAUUAUGCCAAAGAGCAGUGUAGCUUAAUAAAAUGAACAUGUUCUAUUUUUAAUAUCAUGAGAUAAAAAAAUAUUGAGGUUUCAAAGAGAGGUUAAGUGAGUUUGUUGCAGUAUUUUCAUUCUUAUUAGUACGCAAGGAUGUUAGUAUC